GCACAUAAUAAAGUUCAAAAAACGCGGAAUUUAACAUCUCAUCAUUAUCAUAUUCAUCACCUAAAAAAUUUUGUUAAAUCUUUCUUUCCCAUAAUAAUUUAUCCCCAUCUUUAUUAAAUUUUCUAAAUGAUGCAUCCAUCAUCAUCAUCAUCCAUUCAAUUUCUCCCUAUUCAAAAAACAUCCCAUUUGCUAAUGUGACCUUUUUAUGUAUUUAAUCUCAACUACAACUAUCUAAUCCUCACUUUCAAUCUAAGCUACCCAUUUCCCCACUUUUUUGUUCCUAAUCCCAUUUUACCUCCAUGAUUUGAUUUUUUUUUUUUUUUUUUAUUUUCUCCAACUAUUUUGUUAAAUUAGCAGUUUCAGUAACUAAAGCAUUGAACUUUGUGAUCUAUUUUAUAUUUCUUGAAAAUCCCACUUCUCCAAGUUAGUGAAAAUCCUUGUUAUUCUUUCCUUUUGCUCGAUUUUUCAUAAAUUAAAUUUUGUUAUUUAGUGGGCAUUUUCAACUUUUUAUGAGUAAAUGAGGAAUUUACUUGAUGGGUUUUUUGAUUUGCUUACUAAACAAAGAAGUAAGUGAGUCUUUUUGCAUAAAGAUGAGAGCUUUAACUUGGGUUUUGGUUCAAUUUGCCAUUUUUGGAGCAUUCACUGUUAAAUGUGACUCUCUUGUAUCUGUUGAAGUUUUGGCUCUAACUGCUUUCAAAGAAGCCAUUUAUGAUGACCCAUAUCUGGUUUUAUCAAAUUGGAAUGGUUUAGAUGCAACUCCAUGUGAAUGGUCUGGAGUUACCUGUUCAAUAGCUAAAGAUCAUGUUGUUAAACUGAACAUAUCUGGGUGUUCUAUGAAGGGAUUUAUUGCUCCAGAAUUGGGUCUGCUGAGUAAUUUACAGGAAUUACUCCUUCAUGGGAAUAAUCUUAUUGGAAUUAUUCCAAAAGAAAUUGGUAAAUUAAAGAACCUCAAGGUUUUGGAUCUUGGAGCAAAUCAGCUAUCUGGGCCAAUUCCACAUGAAAUAGAGAAUUUAAACAGCCUUGUAAAAUUGAACCUCCAGUCGAACGGGUUGACGGGUACCAUGCCUUCUGAGCUUGGCAAUUUGAGAAAUCUGCAGGAGCUGUACUUGGAUAGAAAUAAGCUCCAAGGAACUGUACCUGGUGCUGCCAAUGCUAAUUUUUCUGCAAGUAUGCACGGAAUGUAUGCAUCCGAUGCGAAUGCUACAGGCUUUUGCCGCUCACCUCAGCUAAAAGUUGCUGAUUUCUCAUUCAACUUCUUUGUUGGGAGCAUACCGAAAUGCUUGCUACAUCUGCCAGGCUCAAGCUUUCAGGGUAACUGUCUUCAAGAUAAGGAUUCAAAACAGCGGUCUGUUGCACAAUGUGGAUCUUUAGCACCAGCUAAAACGCAUUCAAACACUAGUGUUAGAACAAAGAGUAAGCCUUCCAAGAGUGAAGUUAGUCAUCACAACACGUCAAAACCUACUUGGCUUUUGGCUUUAGAAAUUGUGACCGGAACCAUGGUGGGUGUCCUCUUCGUUACUGCUCUAAUAACUGGUUAUAAAAGAUGCGACCAUAAAUCAUCUAUGAUCAUCCCUUGGAAGAAAUCAGGAAGUCACAAAGAUCGCUUGGCUGUGUACAUAGAUUCGGAGUCGUUGAAAGAUAUAGUGAGAUUCAAUAGACAAGAGCUUGAAGUGGCUUGUGAAGAUUUCAGUAAUAUCAUUGGAACCUCCUCGGAUAGUAUGGUUUACAAAGGCACAAUGAAAGGUGGAUCUGAGAUUGCUGUGAUAUCCUUCUGCAUCAAAGAAGAACAAUGGACCGGCUAUUAUGAGCUAUACUUCCAAAAAGAGGUAGCAGAUUUAGCUAGACUAAAUCAUGAGAAUGCAGCUAAAUUUUUGGGCUAUUGCCGAGAAAGUGCUCCUUUAACAAGAAUGCUCGUUUUUGAGUAUGCAUCUAAUGGAACAUUAUACGAACACCUGCAUGCCAUGUUUGAAGAUGGAGAAGGUUGCUUAUUGUCUUGGACAAGGCGGAUGAAAAUCAUAAUUGGCAUUGCGCGUGGACUAAGAUAUCUUCAUACUGAACUCAACCCACCUUUUACUAUAUCCGAGUUGAAUUCUAGUGCCGUGUAUCUAACCGAAGAUUUUUCACCCAAGCUGGUUGAUUUUGAAAGCUGGAAAACCAUCAUAGCAAGAUCGGAGAAAAAUUCAUCAGCCAUAAACAGCAAUGGUGAUAUUUGUGUUCUUCCACGUUCAAUUGAAGCACGACAUCUAGACGUAAAGGGUAACGUGUACGCAUUUGGAGUACUCCUACUCGAGAUUGUCAGUGGAAGACAACCCUUCUCCAAAGAGACGGGAAGCUUGGUAGAUUGGGCUAGAGAGUACCUUGAGGUAGCUGAGGUAAUGCCCUAUAUAGUGGACAAAAACUUAAAGCAUUUUGAAUACGAGGACCUCAAAGCCAUUUGCGAGGCAGCAAGUCUGUGCCUGAAUCCCGACCCUGUCAAGCGACCACUAAUGUACGACUUGUGCACAUUGUUGGAGAACCGCAUUGAUUUAUCUAUGUCCGCAGAGCUUAGAUCAUCAUCUUUGGCAUGGGCCGAAUUAGCGCUCUCUACUUGAUAUUGUCGAUACUAACAUACUUGGUGUAAAGCAAAUUAUAGUCUCUUGAUUGAUCCCCUUCCAUUUUUUUCGUCAGCCUUCAACCAUCUAUUUUAUUGGUCUUUCUUUGUUGAAGAUCUGUAAAGUUUUGGUCUUUCUUCCUCUUGUGGUUUAGGCAAUUAUGUAAAGAGUUAGAAAGUAUUGUUGUGUAUCGAGUGCCCACUAAAUUAAUUGAUAAGCAGACUUAAAAUAUGUGGAUAAAUAACUAAAGACAGUUAAAAAGUGAUAAAAAUAUUUUGGGAAAUUUUAUGCA